AUUCCAGUGUUGCGUUACAUCCUGUUAUUACGUCACAAUCUAUUGUUUUAUCAAUUGUUUAAAAUAUGUCGUUAGCUGAUGAACUUUUAGCUGAUCUUGAAGGAGCUGAAACAUCUGAAGAAUUAAUAACUGACUCAAAUUUACAUGAACUAGAGGAUGUUACUAUGUUAAGUGUAACCAAAUCAGACGAUUUUCAGUCCAAUGGAUCAGCUUCAGGAUUUAAAAAUAUAUUUAAAACUGCUUCUUCUUUUGCUGAUGCUCCGAUAACGGCUUAUGCCAAGUUAAGAAAUAGUGAUAGAUUAACCAAUGUUAUGGCGGAUCUUGAUCGUUUUGCUAAACAAAAGAAACGUGAUCGAAUUCAUGGCCCUGUUGAAGCUGAUCCAGAAUAUCAAUGUAUUGUCGAAGCUAAUAAUCUUAUGGUAGAAAUUGACAAUGAAAUUAAUAUUAUUCAUAAAUAUGUUAGAGAUCUGUAUUCAAUGCGAUUCCCUGAACUGGAAUCUCUCGUACCAGGUCUUUUGGAUUAUUUGAAAAUUGUACUGGUUUUAGGAAAUGAUAUACUUGAACGUUCCAAACAAACAGAUCUACUUGCUUCCUUUCUAACUCCAGCGACAAUUAUGGUUGUAUCAGUCACUGCAUCAACCACUCAAGGGUCAUCUUUAACAUCAGAUCAAUUAUCACGUAUUGUUGAAGCAUGUACUAUGGCAAUUGAAUUACAAGAAAUGCGUGUUACAAUGUUAGCUUAUGUAGAAUCACGUAUGUCAUUUAUCGCUGCAAAUACUAGCAUUCUAGUAGGUGCAUCAACAGCAGCGAAAUUAAUGGGUCAUGCUGGUGGUCUAACUGCACUUACUAAAAUGCCAUCGUGUAAUAUACUCGUGCUGGGUGCACAAAAGCGUCUAUUGUCCGGAUUUAGUAAUACAUCAGUUCUACCACACACAGGAUACAUUUUCAAUUCAGAAAUCGUGCAAAAGUUACCUCCAGAUUUACGGCUUAAAGCUGCUCGAUUGAUAGCGAAUAAAGUGGCGUUAGCAGCACGAGUAGAUUUAUUUCAUGAAUCUCCUGAUGGACAUAUUGGUGAAAAGCUUUUAUUAGAAAUUGAACGAAAAUUUGAUAAAUGGCAAGAACCACCUCCAGUAAAAACAAUUAAAGCUUUACCAGCUCCAAUCGAUCCACCUGCUAAAAAACGAGGUGGUCGACGUUAUCGAAAAAUGAAGGAGCGUUUAGGUAUGAGUGAAUUAAGACGAUCAGCAAAUCGAAUACAAUUUGGUGAAAUCACUGAUGAUGCUUAUCAAAGUGAUUUAGGCUUUUCAUUAGGUUCACUUGGUCAACGUGGUAUAGCAGGACGUUUACGUGCUCCUCAAGCUGAUUCAAAAACAAAAGCUCGUGUAAGCAAAGCAUUACAACAGAAAUUAUCUAAAUUUGGUGGUAUGUCCACUAUGCCUACUACUGCAUUGGGUGCUGCAAGUUGGGGUGGGAAUUCUACUGUUCGUAAACAUGUUGCUGGUACUUCAUCAUCGAUUGCAUUCACUCCAUUACAGGGUCUUGAAAUUGUCAAUCCACAAGCUGCAGAAAAACCAAUGGAAGUUGGCAAUAAAUAUUUCAGUAGUACUUGUGGUUUUACAAAAAUUCAACCGAAAAUGAAAAAUGGAGUGUAAAAGUAGAUGGAUAUAUAAAAAAACAACAACAAAGAAAGAACAGUUGAUUCCCAAUAUGUAAAUUUAAAAAAAAAAUGGUAAUUAAUAUACAUGUUUCAUCUUUCAUAAUCUGAUGGCAUUGUACAUGUAUUUACCACUAUAGAAAAAUUGUAUAUUAUGACUCAUGUAAUAUAAAAGUACAUACAUAAAAGUCUUUCAGUAAUUGACUUUUAUUUCAAUCCUAUUAAGUGAAUUGUCGAAAAUAAGAACAACUAUUCAUAAUCUGUGGGACAAGGUAAUGUGUAUUAAUAUUUGUGCAAACUGGGAUCCGUGAGACGAUAGCAACCGAUGAUUAGAGACCUUGAAUGACAUAGAUCAAAAUCGUUUGCAAUGGCGUAGGUGCAUCCACAAUCUGUGUUCUCUCAAACUCUAAUCUUCUGAAUUCUUCAUGUCCUUCAUUUUCUUUCCAGAUCUAUUCCACUGCAUUGUACUCCUUGACUAACAUCAUCAAACCCUUAUGUUCCCUAUUACUACUUAUACUUUCACUACCUCUACCACUACGGGCUUUGAAUCGAUAACUGCAUCUCUGUGCUAAUGUGGUAUGGCAACUUGAACUGAUGUACGUAUGUACGAAGUUCUACGUUGUUGCUGACUGAAUUUUGUGCAGACGUUUGCUAACCAUUUCCAUUUUGAUGCCGCAUCGCUGUAGGCGCUGAUUGUCUAAGAAAAACACUUGAUUGCUGUUAUACCCCUAGUACAGUCGGUAGUAGAACCUCACUAUCAGACCAUAAAUUUUCAGUUGACUUGCCUAGGAUGUUAAUACUCAAAGAAACAAUACAUUUCGAUUAAGACAUCACUAUAAACCAAACUGAUUACCUUAUCAAAGUAGCAGCCAAGGUUAUUUAACUUAAUAAAAUAAAUAAAUUGCAUUGUUAAUUCAUUCAAAGUCAUCAUUCACUAUACAUGUGUUUAACUAUUCGAUAUAAUUACUUACUUACGCCUUUUACUCCCAAUGGAGCAUAGGCUGCCGAUCAGCACUCUCCAACCCACUCUAUCCUGGGCAUUCUUUUCUAGUUACAUCCAAUUCUUGUUCAUUUUUCUCAUGUCUAGCUCCAUUUCUCGGUGUAAUGUGUUCAGUGGUCCUUCUGUCCUCCUUCGGCCUUCAGGAUUCCAUGUGAGGGCUUGUCUUGUGACGCAGUUCGGUGCUUUCCUCAAUGUGUGUCGUAUUCACUUCCAGCGUUUCUUCCUGAUUUCUUUAUCCACUGGGAUCUGAUUUGCUCUCUCCCACAGUAGGUUGUUGCUAAUAGUGUUUGACCAACGGAUUCGAAGUAUUUUGCGUAGACAACUGUUAAUAAACACCUGUAUCUUCUGGAUGAUGGCUUUUGUGGUUUUUCAGGUUUCGGCACCGUACAGUAGAACUGUCUUGACAUUUGUAUUGAAAAUUCUGACUUUGGUGUUGGUUGCUAAUUGUUUUGAGUUCCAGAUGUUCUUCAGUUGUAAAUAUGCUGCUCUUGCUUUGCCGAUCCGUGACUUCACAUCUGCAUCAGAUCCACCGUGUUCAUCGAUGAUACUGCCCAAAUAUGUAAAGGUGUUUACAUCUUCCAAAGCGUCUCCGUCAAUUGUGAUUGCAUUAAUGCAUGCUGUGUUGUAUCGGAGAAUGUUGCUUUUCUCUUUGUGUAUAUUGAGACUUACUACUGCUCAAGCUGUUGCUACACUGGUCGUCUUCUCCUGCAUUUGUUGUUGCGAUUGCCAUAAAAGAGUCAGAUCAUCUGCGAAGUCUAGAUCAUCCAACUUCAUCCUAGCUGUCCAUUGUAUCAUGAACCUAUCGAUCACCAGGAGAAAGAGAAAGGGUGAAGACACUUCAUCAAUGAUGCUGCUCAAAUAUGUAAAGGUUUUUACGUCUUCCAGAUCUCCGCCUGGAGCCCCUCAGGGGGCUACUGCCGGUCGCAAACACGGAUAAAGGAGGAGGAUUAGGCAUGGGGUUAGCAACCCCAUCCCGUAGAAAACUAACUCGUCAAAAAAAAACGCUAACCAGAAAAAAUUAUUCGAUAUACAGUAUACCAUAUAUAUAUAUAUAUAUGCCUGAUCCUACGUUGCAACUGACUAACUGAUACAGUAAAUCGGUGUAAAACUUUUAUUUCGCUUCAUUAUCUUUUUUUUUUAAUUUAACGAAGAGUAC